UCCGGCUUGAUCGACGUCGAUACAUAUCUGCUACGCUGCAACCCCAUCAACCUGUUGAAAAAUCCACAUCCUCUCCUGGUCUUCUGUCAUCCGCCAUAUCAAAUCUCCACCUUCGUUUCUCUUUCCACUUUCUUCUCCUUCCCUCAUCCUCUAUUUUUUCUGACGGCAGGUGACGGUUCCUUUGAGCGACGAAACGACGGUUCAUACUUCCCCCGCUUCCCCUUUUUCUCUCCCAUGGUAAUAUAGGUUUCCGUGAAGUGCCGAUCCAUAGCUUCAAUGACGGCUGUUUCCGUUGCAGCGGAGUGGCAACUCCUCUACAACCGCUACUACCGCAAACCUGAAAUCUACUCGAUGCAAUGGGGUCGAAUGGAGCUCACCCGCAACCGCGUCGCCUGCGCUCCUUUUGGAGGUCCCAUUGCCGUUAUCAGGGACGAUUCCAAAAUCGUACAACUCUACGCGGAGUCCGCGCGUCGAAAGCUCCACAUCUUCAAUUCCGCCGGAGUCCUCCUUGCCUCAACGGUCUGGGACCGUCCUGGUGGCCGGCUUGUUGGCAUGGCGUGGACCGACGCCCUCGUUCUUGUCUGCGUCGUGCAGGACGGUACGGUAUAUAGCUACGAUAUUCACGCAGAGCUCUCUGCCUCUCAAUACUCCAUGGGAAAGGAUUGCUUUGAGCAAAGCGUAGUUGAGUGCGUCUUCUGGGGGAAUGGCAUGAUCUGCCUUACCGAGGGCAACCAGAUAUUCUGCGUCUCUGAUUUUAAGAAUCCUCAGCCUUGCAAGCUCGCUGACCCCGCGCUGGAGGAUUAUCCUCUCUGUAUUGCGGUCAUCGAGCCGCAGUACACAAUGCAUGGGAAUGUGGAGGUGCUACUUGGGGUUGAGGAUCAUGUUCUUGCUGUUGAGGAGGAUGGCAUUCAGCAGCUUGGGGUUGGGGUUGGUCCCCUGCAGAAGAUGGCAGUAUCACCCAAUGGCAAGUACCUUGCUGCUUUUACACAUAAUGGGAGGCUACUUGUUAUACCUACAGAUUUUUCAAGGAUCAUAUCUGAGUAUUGUUGUGAGUCAGCAUUACCUCCAGAGCAGAUAGCUUGGUGUGGAAUGGACAGUGUCCUUCUCUAUUGGGAGGACAUGCUUUUGAUGGUGGGCCCUGCUGGUGACCCAGUGCGUUAUUUGUAUGAUGAACCAAUAAUACUCAUUCCCGAGUUUGAUGGCGUGCGGAUUCUUACCAACACAAGCAUGGAAUUCCUUCAAAGAGUUCCUGAUUCAUCAGUGUCUAUUUUUCAAAUUGGAAGCACAAGGCCAGCAGCAUUAUUAUAUGAUGCUUUGGAGCACUUUGAUAAGCACAGUGCUAAGGCUGAUGAAAAUUUGCGAAUGAUCCGUGCAUCAUUGCCUGAGGCAGUUGAGGUUUGUAUCGAUGCUGCUGGACAUGAGUUUGAUGUUUCUCGGCAACUUACAUUACUAAGGGCUGCUUGUUAUGGCCGUGCAUUUUGCAGCCAGUUUUCCCGUGACCGCUUUCAAGAUAUCUGCAAAACUCUGCGUGUUCUGAAUGCUGUUCGUAACCAUGAAAUUGGCAUCCCACUAAGUAUCCAACAAUAUAAGUCACUUACGGCACCAGUUCUGAUUGGGCGUUUGAUUAAUGCCUACCACCACCUUCUUGCUCUGAAGAUCUCUGAGUAUCUUAAUUUGAAUUCGGAAGUGGUUAUAAUGCACUGGACAUGCACAAAGAUGCUAGCUUCUGCAGCCAUUGAUGAUGCUGCUCUGCUGGAAAUUUUGCUGGAUAAGUUGAAGCUGUGCAAAGGCAUCUCUUAUGCUGCAAUUGCAGCUCAUGCUGAUAACAAUGGGCGGCGGAAAUUAGCUGCAAUGCUUGUUGAUCAUGAACCACUGUCUUCAAAAAAGGUUCCUUUAUUGCUAAGCAUUGGGGAAGAGGAUACAGCCCUGGUAAAAUCUACUGAAAGUGGUGAUACCGACCUUGUAUUUCUUGUUCUUUUCCAUAUCUGGCAGAAGAAGCCAUCUUUAGAUUUCUUUGGAACAAUAAAUGCGAGACCUUUGGCUCGAGAUCUGUUCAUCACAUAUGCUAGGUUUUAUAAACACGAAUUUCUGAAGGAUUUUUUCCUGUCUACAGGCCAGCUUCAAGAUGUUGCCUUUCUUUUGUUGAAAGAGUCAUGGGAUUUUGAAAAGAAUCCUAUGGCUAGCAAAGGAUCUCCACUCCAUGGUCCAAGAAUUAGGCUAAUUGAGCAGGCACAGAAGCUUUUUUCUGAGACUAAAGAACAUAACUUUGAAUCAAAAGCUUCUGAAGAGCAUGCAAAAUUAUUGAGGUUACAACAUGAGCUUGAAGUCUCUACAAAACAGUCUAUAUUUGUUGGUUCAAGCAUCAGUGAUACAAUUCGUACAUGCAUUGUACUGGGGAACCAUAGAGCUGCUCUGAGAGUGAGAACAGAAUUCAAGGUUUCUGACAAGAGGUGGUACUGGCUCAAAGCCUUUGCACUGGCUACAGUGAGGGACUGGGAUUCUCUUGAAAAAUUUUCCAAAGAGAAGAGGCCACCGGGUGGAUAUAAGCCUUUUGUCGAAGCAUGCAUUGAUGCUGAUGAAAAAACUGAAGCUUUAAAAUAUAUCCCAAAACUAACUGACCCUCGAGAAAAAUCAGAGGCAUAUGCACGGAUUGGCAUGGCGAAGGAAGCUGCAGAUGCGGCAUCGCAGGCGAAGGAUAGCGAACUCUUUAGUCGUUUGAAGCUAACUUUAGCUCAAAAUGCAGCUGCGGCAUCAAUUUUCGAAGGUUGGAGAGAACGCUUAUCCUUCCAAGGGGUCUACUAAUGCAUUUUCUUUGCUGUGCCGUUUGAACUGCUCCCAUUUAUGCUAAAUUUAGAAUCAUCUCAAUUACUUUUGUAACAUCGGGUUGGUAUCACCAAAGUCAGUUGAGAGUUUUCUGUAAUAUAUAUUUUAUCUAGAAAUUUGCUCAUCCUAAUACUUUAAUAGUGCACCACA